CGAGUAGAUGAGAUGGACGAGUCUGUGAACAUCAAGAUCGAGGUGAUCGGAGAUGAGUGUCUUCAGGACUGGACGAGCAUCGGGACCGGCGGCUUCGGGCAGAUCUACCGAGCCAAGCACAAGACCCUGGGCAUGGACGUGGCCAUAAAGUUACUGCAUUAUAAAGACGGCAGAUCGGCGUCCUCCAUCCUGAGGGAAGCUCUCCUGAUGUUCCAGGGCGGGAACCCCAACGUGAUCCGGAUCCUGGGUCUGUACGAGGGCGGGCGCCGCGGGCUGGUCAUGGAGUUCAUGCCCAUGGGCUCGGUGGCCGAUCUGCUGCAGACGCUGGCCGGGCCGCCGCCGUGGCCUUUGACCUUCCGCGUGGCUCACGAGAUCAGCCUGGGCAUGAACUUCCUCCAUCACCUGUCUCCUCCUCUUCUUCACCUGGACCUCAAGCCCAGCAACGUGCUGCUGGACGACAGCCUCCGAGCCAAGCUGACAGAUUUCGGUCUGUCCCGAGUGGCCCGGAGCGUUUCUCGCUGCUCCCGGGACUCAGACGAGGACGAUGGAGGGACGCUGAGCUACAUGCCUCCCGAAGCGCUGAAGUCCGUCAACUACAAGGCCAGCAAAGCCUCGGACGUCUACAGCUUCGGGGUUCUGCUGUGGUCCCUGGUCACCGGGAAGGAGCCGUACGAAGGCGCUCUGUCCAGUCUGGUGCGCUUCCGCAUCCCUCUCGGGGACCGGCCGGACCUGAGCUCCGUAGAGCUCGGCGGGGUCAAAGGUCUGGAGGAGGCGGUGAAGCUCAUGACCGCCUGCUGGCAUCAGGACCCCCGCAGAAGACCGCCGUUCCUGGACUGUGUUCAUGCCACUAAGGAGAUCUUGGAGAUGCACAAACACGGACUGAACGACGCCGUCUAUGAAGUCCUGAAGCAGCUGCAGGAUGAUGGUCUUUGCUCCGGGCUGAGAUCAGUCCAGAUCAGCUCUAAACCUCACCAGGAUCCACGGUCUUCUUCUCGCGUCUCUGCACCGCUUCCUAAACAGGAAACAGCUUCCGCUUCCACGACCUCCGUGAAGAAAAGUGUCACAAGCUCCAGAGAUGAAGCUCCUCCUCGACCUGCUCCACCGAGGACUCCUGUGAGAACAACACAGCGUCAGAGUUCAACACCAGGUCCGGUCCAGAUCUCGUUUUCCAACGUCUAUGGAGUUCAGAUCGGAAACAACAACGUCAUGAACGUCAGUCAAGGACGGCAGAGACACCGCACGGCUCCUUCCAGCGUGGACACGUCUUACACACACUCAGGGAAGAAACCUCAGUGACGUCUUCAGAGCCAGAGCAGAGUCUGGAGUACACGCUGAGAUAAGGAGCAUGAAGACUCAGGAUAAACAUACAGAGAGAGAGAG